AUGCUCGUCGAGGCAGACAAGGAAAACCUCAUAGCUGAAGAUCAAGAUGCUGUGGAAGCUGUCGAUGACUUCUUCCGUGCGCCGUUGGAGGGCUUCGAAGAUAUCGUUGAUCUGCCUAGACUUCGAAGGCAUACCAUCCUGGAGUCCUCUUCCUCCUCUUCCUCCUCCUCUUCUCUGUCUCCUCCACGAUCUCCAACGUCUUCUCACACUCCUUCAAAGCGUCAAGGACCUUUCGAUUCGCCAGAGGUGCUUCCAACUUCGAACCUUCUGAGGCAAGGCGCAGUAGUAGUGCAACCAUCUCGGACCGCCCUCCACGUCCCUACGAUACCAGACACAGCGACUCCUCGCGCAGGCGCCGCUACUAGCAACAACUCUACGGAGCGACACAAACGGACCUUCACAUGCUCGAAUUGCGGGAAGGAGUAUGGGACUAGGGAACGGCUGAAAUACCAUCUCCAUGAGGCGAGAAACCGGUGUACAGACCCGCCCGACAUGACGGAGAAGGAGAGGGAUGAGCGCGACGAGCAAUUCAUGGUUCACAAAUGUCCGAAUUGUGGGAAGCGGUUUCGUAACACGGCCAACCUCAACAUGCAUCUGAAGACUUGCGCCAGCGCUUCGAACCCCAGUGCCUACGGGCAGACCCCGCUCGCUCCGACCACUACACUUGCGCCUGCUGGGCAACCUCCACGAGUCGGCUACCAGCCCAGGGCGACCGCAAAUCUCCACACCACUCCGGAGAGGAAGAAACACAAGUGCGAUAACUGUGGCGUCACCUACACCUCCUGGAGCAGGCUUCACUAUCACCUUCACGAAGCUAGGGACAGAUGCACGGAUCCUCCGGAGAUGACCGCGGAGGAGAAGGACGAGCGAGCGAAGGCGUUCUACAAACACGUUUGUCCGCGGUGUGGGAAGGGCCACCGAAACCAGGCAAAUCUCAACUGGCACCUUACGCAUCAAAUCUGCGGCGCCGCAGCUGGCAAUACUACCUCAUCCCUCUUCGCCCAGCCCACACCAGCAUCGGCAUCAACUUCUUCUGGCACGGCGAUCCAGACGACAUCGAGCUUUGGACAAGCAUCGCAAGCGCAUCCUUCUGGGUGGAUGCCGAUCAAUGAGGGUGAGGACAAUGGGGAUGCAGAUGAAUAG